GGCUUGAGAGAGCAGGGACAAAGUUCACCGGGCCUGUGUAAGGAGGAGGGGGUGUAGAGGAGGUUCAAACAAGAAAAAAUUGACCUUUGAAAAGCAAAACAGCAGGUGGAGAGCUAAAAACUAGGUAGCUCAGGACACAUCAAGAGGAAAUACUCGAGAAAAUUAAAGCAUACAUGAAACUUUAGCUAAAAGAAGGCUACAGGCGUACUGAGGACAGUGCAGUCUGCUGGGUUGGUUUAGCUGUGUUUGUUUGCAGUAGCGGGAUCUAUCUUCCUAGCAAUGGACGCAGAAGACAGGACACCAAGGAGAAACCAAUUGACUGCACUUCAGGAGCAGCUGGUCUGGGCCUUGUUGGGAUCUGGACUGUCCCGGGAUGUCUUAAUCCAGGCCAUGGGGGAGCUAGAGCGGGACAGACUGAGCAACAGUGGUGGUGCCGAGAAGGCAGAGAGGGGCGAUGGGGAGAGCUCAGAGGAGGGAGAAAUGGACUACCCGCCGCCUAUUUUCAGAGAGCUGGACAAAUUAGAUCCAGAAGAGGCUGCCAAGCUAAGGGCUGAGGUGGACCGGCUUUUGCAAGAGGAUCCAUGGCAUGUUGCAAAAAUGAUCAAAAGCUACAUGCUGCAGCACAAUCUCCCACAGAGAGAGGUGGUGGAAUCAACAGGGUUGAACCAGUCCCACCUCUCACAACACCUCAACAAAGGCACGCCCAUGAAGAACCAGAAGAGAGCUGCACUGUACAGCUGGUACGUCAAGAAGCAGUGCGAGAUCAGUCAACAGUUCACCAAUGCCAAACAUGGGCUGGCUUCAAUGGAUGACCAAGGAGAGGACAACAGGAAAGGACGCAGGAACAGGUUCAAAUGGGGUCCUGCCUCACUACAGAUCCUGUUUCAUGCCUAUGAGAGACAGAAGAACCCCAGCAAAGAGGAGAGAGAGGGCUUAGUGGAGGAAUGCAACAGGUCAGAGUGCUUACAGAGGGGCGUGUCGCCAUCCCAGCUGGCAGGUCUGGGUUCUAACCUGGUCACUGAGGUGCGUGUAUACAACUGGUUUGCAAACCGCCGCAAAGAGGAGGCUUUCCGGCAUAAACUGGCCUUGGACACACCCUACACCAACCCUUCUGUCAACUCUGCAAACACAGCUCUCCCUUCAAGUCCAGAGCACGGUUUGAAGUACAGCCAGCAGAUCUCGUGUGACACUCUGAGCUCAGUAAGAGCUACAGGAGGGGAGCGUGUAGGACGGUUGGUGGUGAGCCCUGUCCCACUGGAGCCCAGUCACACUCUCCUCGAAAGCCACAACUCCAAAACGGUAUCAACUGGAGGAUCACUGCCCCCAGUCAGCACUCUGACGUCAUUACACAGCCUGUCCUCCUCCACCUCCUCUCAAGGGCUCAUCAUGGCCUCUCUGCCCAGCGUCAUGAGCCUGGGGGAGUCUUCAUUACUUAUAGGUUUGGCUUCCACACAACCACAGACCGUACCUGUGAUAAACAACGUGGGGGGAGGCUUCACCACUCUGCAGCCCAUCUCCUUUCAGCAGCAGCUCCAUGCCUCCCCACAGCCCAAUCUGUCACAGCAGAUCCAGAGUCACAUGGGAGCCAGUCCAUUCAUGGCCACCAUGGCACCACUACCCUGCCACAUGUACAACAAAUCAGACUCACCCCAGUACCAUUCAUCCAGUCUACUGUCCCAGGCCAUGGUCAUCACUGACAGCAGCAGUCUGGGCACCCUCACCAGCCUUGCAGCUGUCAGACAGAUACUUACAGCUGACCAAGACGAAGACACGGACACACCUUUAGAGGAAGAAUCAUUACAUCUCCAGCCUCACACACCUGUACCAGCCUCUUCGGAAAGCCUGGAGUUGUAUCCAUCCUCUCAGUCCACAGAGAGUCAUCAGUGCCACCUCCUGUCACCUUCACCUCCAGACAUAAGCUCAUACAUGCCUUCACAACUGGUCUCCACUGCACAGUGACAAUGGGGAGCGGUGCCAGUGAAUAGGAGCGAUAUAUGAAAGUGUGUAUGGGAAAGGCCAGAACAUAGCAAUUACUGGAAGGACACUGGAUAUAUAAUUAAUUAUGCAAAAAUAUGCAGGCUUCAGUAAAAACAGUAGGCUAUAGUACAAAAAAGAAACAAACUUGGCAGCUGUUAGAGAAAGGACUUUGUUGUCACUGCAUGCUUAUCGAGUAGUAUAAAUAGUUUUACACAGUAAUGUUUUCCAUAAAGGUGCAACAAGCCAGAAAUUCAUGUAUGGUUCCCCGAGAGUAUGAGUAGUUUUGUGCAUUUGUACAUAAUCAUAAUUCAUAUCAUCAUCAGAUAUUCUUCUAUUUGGACCCGGGACAAGAUGGAGCUAAAAGAAAUCAGGGAAUCUACAGAU